CACCCGACAGUACUAAGUAUCAGCAUGGCAGCCCCGGCCCCUGCGGCGCUGCAGGCCCGCGUGCACAAGCUUCUGGGCUCCCGCUCGGAGAUCGAAGCCACCAAGGCGCUGCUGCGGACGCUCGUGACGGACAAAGCCUCGUCUGGCGCGUCACUUGUGCAGCUGGACGCAUCGGAGACGCCCACGCUUGCUACGCUGCGUCGUAAUUUACGAUCAAGUCUGGAACAUCAGCAGUUGGCUCUAGCUCAGAAGGCUCUGGACGGUUUAGAACGUACUUUAGAACAAGUUUCUAAUCUGGCGAAUCAGGUGGACGCGCUGGACGUCAAAUGCGACCAAGUGCAUAAAUUUCUAGAGACAACUAAAAGGGAGACGCAACAGGUGCAGACUGAGGCGGCGGCAUUAGCAACCAAGAGGUUUGACUUCCCAGUUCUAAAUCUAGAAUCUGGAAAAUUCCAUGUUGGAUAACAUGUUGAACGUGUUGGAAUGUAUCAGGGACAACGUACAGCAGGAAUGGAAGCAGACCAAGACUUUUCUAGACCGCUACCAGUUAACGGAGGACGAAGUGCGUGCGCUGUAUGCUGAGCAACUAGCAGAUGACGACAUGGACACGUUCUUCAGUACUUUAGAACGAGUCCAACAAGUUAAAUCAGACUGCAAGGAUCUGGUAGCCUCGGGUGAGGUCAACUGUGCACUGGAGCUUCUAGAUACAGUGGGUAAGUACCAAGAAGCCGGCUUUGAGCGACUGUACCAAUGGACAGCGAAGAAAUGCGCGGAAGUGGAUGGAGAGCCGAGCAACCUACUGCAUCGAGCCAUUGCACUUUUAAGCGACCGCUCAGAAUUCUACAACUAUUGCAAGGAAUGUUUGACAACAUCGAGAAGGGCGCUGAUUGUGCGGCGCUUUAUCAUGGCGCUGACUGUGGGUGGACCGAAUGGCAUCCCGAGACCAAUUGAGAUGCACGCACACGACCCUGUACGCUACUGUGGUGACAUGUUGGCAUGGGUCCAUCAAGCUAUUGCGACGGAGAGCGAGUUUUUCCGCGUGUUAUUCGAUGGCGACGUCGAGUUUAGUCCUUCGAAUUCUGAGCCCUCAGUCGAAGCAGGUAGCAGUGCUUUACCAGCUGAGGCUGCGAAUGUCUGCACGUCUAUGGUUGGAUGUGCGUUCGACGGUGUCGCGAAACCUCUGCAAGUGCGUGUGGAGCAGACGUUGAGCUCUCCACACGGCAUUGUGAUCGCCUACAAGCUGGUGCACUUGCUUGCGUUCUACCACCACAAGUUCGACCAACUUGUCGCUCACAGUGACGUCGCGCGUGCGCUGCGUCACUGUCGCGGAGCUGCAAACGAAGCGUUCCAUCGCCAAUUCCAACAACUCGUGGACGCUGUCGCAGCCUCAGCUCAAGACUACGCUGCAAGUCUCGCAGCUACGCACACCACGCUCGAUGUUUCGCACCGCUUAGUAGCACUUCUGGAAGUGUUUCAAACUUCUUUGUUGCCAGAACAAGAGAAAGAAGCAGAUCUAGCGCCUCUAUUCGACGGGAUUCUACCGGCACUGGAACUCAUGUGUCAACGCAGCGUCACAAGUCUUGAUCCAGUGGACGCGCUGGUGUUCCGGAUCAACAACUUCAGUUGUUUACAAGCUCCUCUUGCCAGGUUCCCAGAAGUGAACAGAUGGUAUUUAGAAAUGGGUCUAGAUUUAGAACGCUGGCUGCGAGAUCUGAGCGAGUUGCAAGCCACGCGCGUGUUGGAUCGCUGCCGAGUGUCAACGUUGCUGCAACACAUUCAGGACUUCCAGCAGAGCCACGCAAUGAAUCCCGGUCUUUCGCCUGCAGACACGCCCGGUCUGGACGGCGAGACGGUCACGCAAGUCAUGGGCGACUUCUGUGCGGCGCUUAUGACGCUGAUGUUCCCACAGCUCGAAAGUCUGGCACAGCCGGCACUUGCAGACAAGGCCCGUACACUCACGUCGGCAACACUUGCGGGCACGUACGCGUUCAUCUAUGAGUUCGUAUUCGACGCGAGAUAUGACUACAUUCCUAGCAAUGAGCCAAUGUCAUCGUCCUGGUCUUCGGUGGAGCGUAGCCGACGUGUUGCAUUGCAACACUCACCUGAAGAGAUCCGUACCGUGCUCGAACUAGACACCAAGUAAGAAAACUGGAAAUCUAGCAUUCAGAUUUAGAAAAGUGAAGCUUCUAAAUCUGAUAAAUUCAGCAUGUUGAAGCGUAUCU